AAUAACUUUUUAAUAACAGAAAUCGAUAUGCUAAUGGGCAUAUACAUAAUCAGGACAAAGAUACAUCGACUGGAAGUCGUUUUUAGCAUUCUUGGUUACGCUGUCCGUAUUAUUUACGUUCUCCCCUUUCCUGUAACGGAAUUUAUCAAUUAUGGCAUCAUAACCCAGUCAGAUUCGUUUCUGACACAAAAUCUAUUGUGAAUCUCUGUUGUAAUAAUAUAAAAAUAAUAUUUUUGUUUUGUAACAUCAGUGCAUUGUGUUUCGUUGUGUAGAGAGACAUUAGGAAAUAAUUUUGUCAAUUAUUACCAUUAAUUAAAAUGUUAAAAUGCUAAUUAAUAUUCUUACGAAUAUUAAAUAAAAAUUCAAGCUUUAUUAUACAUUAGAAGUGGGGGGUAGAAUCAAGCCGUCAUCGAUAACAGUAGAGAGUGACGACUCAUCAUGUACCUAACUGAACCUUACUCCGCAUUGCUCUGCGUUUGAAACGUCAACUCCAUCGCAAAAUUUCUAGUGUGUCACUUCGCAAGUUUCUUCAUUACGUCAUCAAUAUUGCUAGAAAACAUAAGGAAGGGUGAUAUACGAAUAUUCUCAUACAAUGAAGUGGUUUGCGGGAUCUAUUAAUGAGGCGGUUGCGACGUCGAAAUCGAGGAAAGCAGUUUUCGUUGUAUUCAUUGAAGGCAAAGACGAUACAUCAGUGCAACUUGCUCAAGCAAUUGAUACUACAGAAGUCUCUUCUCGCCUAGAGCAAGAACAUUUUGUAGCUAUAAGAUUAGAGAGUGGAUCUGAAGCUUACAGAUUCUUUGCACAGAUCUAUCAAUUGGUACCAGUACCAUCUUUAUUUUUCAUUGGAGAAAAUGGUACGCCACUGGAAAUUGUUGCUGGUAGUUCCACUGCAGCUGACUUAGCAUCCAAAAUUGAUAAUGUGGUAACAAAGGCAGGAAAGAGUAAUAAACAAUCUUCACUAAAUUUGAUUGAUGCAGAACAGAAAGUUGCAGCUACCAGUAGUAGCAGUAACAAUAAUGCCAUUGAUAUUACUACAUCUAAUAUAAAUGAUAACAAUUCCAAUCCAAAUGCAAAUUUAACUUCUGGUAUAACAGAGGCUGUUACACCAAUAAACAUCUCGAAUAAUGAAAAUAAUGUGGAAGAUACAGCAAAGGCUGCAACGGAAAAUCAAGACAAUAAUGAAAUGAGAACAAAUGCUGAAACUAAGCAAGAUAAUCAAACUAAUGAAUUAACAGCUGAGGAAAAACUUGAAAGAGCGCGACAGUUAAUUGAGCUUCAACGAAAACAACGACUGGAGGAGGAGCAAAAAAAGGAACGGGAACGCGAGGUUGAACGACGCAAGAUGGGACGCGACGUUCAAAAAAUGCGGCAAAUGCAGCAAGAGCUAGAGAUAAAACAGGCACACGAGGAAAGGAUGCGAGAAAAGGCUGCGGAGGCCGCAGCCCGCGAAAAAGUUAGGCAACAAAUUGCUCAAGACAAACUAGAACGAAAACAGAAGGAGCUUGCUUUACAGCAACAAAUGCAGCAACCGCAGAGUCAAGAGCAACCUAGGUAUGAUCCAGUACCUAAUAAUGCGACAGUGACUAGAAUUCAAUUUAGAUUGCCGUCCGGCAAUCCUCAUACAGCACAAUUUGAACCAUCCAGCACUUUGCGUACUCUACGUACCUACGUGUCCGAAAACAUUGAUUUACCGUUCCGACAAUUUACAAUGUCAACAUCGUUUCCCAGAAGAGAAUUGACUAAUGAGGAAAACGACAAAACUCUUUUGGAACUCGAAUUGGUUCCAACCGCCGUUAUUUUAAUUCUUCCUCUGAAAAAUUCUAAUGUCACAACGGUGGUAACUUCGACACAAGACGUUGGGUUCUUCUCUCGCUUCAUAUGGUCCUUUUUCACACCUGUUAUUCGUAUUUACAAUUAUAUAGUAGGUUACUUUUCCGGCAAUAACGGAGACGCAAAUCAACAACGUGACGACUCCAACAUUGAUCCCAUAGAAUCAACGAAUAACUCCGACAGACCUAUUUCACCGAAUCAGCGAAACCUAGUUCAAUCUUCGGGUUUAUUUAGAAGAUACUUGGGUAAUCAAGGAGGGACAACAAUCAGAGCUCAAGGGAAUAUACACAGACUACAUUCAGGUGGGGAUGAUAAUGAUGAGAAUAAUACUUGGAACGGUAAUUCUACACAGCAAAUGUAAAAUAAAUACAAAUCUUGCUCCGGUCACAUUGCAAGCAAUCGAUUACUAUCUUUGUUAUGUAAAUUAUUAUGUUGUAAUACUUGACACUUUACUCUUUGUUUUACACUGCUAAAACCUAUCUGCAGCAUAUCUUUAUUAAUGCACGAGCAUUAAGUUUUAAUGAUCGAGUUUCCAUGUUCGUUAAUAGCAUUACGAGAGAGUGUUUGUUAAUGGAUAUUUCACAAUUUAGCAAUAACAUUAUCUGGAUUAUUAUUAUAACAUAAUGCUAAUGUUUAUUAUAAUGCUAGAAAGUAUGUAACAUGAAUGCAUUAUAAUAAAUAAUAAAACACAUUUCGAGAAAAAGAUCGUGGAAGCGUAUUGAGCCACAAAUGAUACAUGGACCAAAUGUGAAAAGGUUUGUAAAAAUCAACGUGCAAACUGCAAAAGUUUUACGAAUAUCUUGGUUUUAGAUAUUUGAAAUUUUAAUACAUAUAAGUUUAUUAAUAUUAAGUUUGAUAAUAGUGUAAGUUUCUUUUCUUCUUUUAAUCGAUGUUUUUCCUUUAAUUUCGAGUAACAGUAAAAUGUAAUGCGGUUAAAGAUAAUAAUUACAUUAAGAUUUGAAUAUACUUUUUGAAGAAUUGUUAAUAGUAUUCGUUAUAUUUUUCAUUAUAUUUUUAAUGGUAUAAUAAGAGUGUAAUUAUAAGUUAAGAUAUAAUUGCACAGUCAAAAUAUAUAACUAAAUAUCAGAAUUCGUAUAUGUAAAUGUCUUAAUGCGAAAUUAACAAUAUAAUUAGGGAUGAUUAUUUUCUGAAGCAAGUGAGCAUAGAAUAUCAAUGCUGCAGGCCUGUCCUAAUGCCUAAAGAAAUAAAUAUACAGGUUCAUGGCA